AUGACCGAGCCAGACGUACCUGGUGAGCGGCCAGUAGAGCCUAUUGCUGCCUCACAACUCCUCUCACAGGCUCUCAACCACCUCCGUCCUUUUGAGCCAGUGCCCGCCGACCUAUCUUCAGGUCAACGCGGGGCUGACGCCGCACAUACCACACACACCACACACACCACACACGCGACAGGUGCCGAUUAUGCAUAUGCAGAGAACCACAAUGGCACUACAGACUCAAAAUCGAACACCGAGGAGGCGCUUCCUCCACUCUCAGUAGUCAUCGAACGCAUUCAUGCCCGCGUGCAAGCCUUCCUAUCCGAGACGCAUCCCGCGGACUCCCUGCUAGCCUCGGCCCAGCGCCAAACGCGUAUCUCACUAGGAGUCGUCGCAGAGGCAAUAGCGAAGUACAACAUGUCGGGUCUCUCUCUUUCCUACAAUGGAGGCAAGGAUUGUCUUGUUCUCCUUAUUCUGUUCCUGGCAGGAUUGCACCCAUACUCCAGCCACACACAACAGUCCGAGGAUUCAAACAUACCGUCAACCGCCGAGUCAUCAUCUCAAAACCAAGACUCCAUUGAAUCAGGCAUGAUUCCUUCUAUUUAUGCCCUCCCCCCGGAUCCGUUUCCUGCAGUGGAAGAAUUUGUUCUUAGCUCCGCAAAAGCAUACUACCUCUCCAUAACGAAAUAUACUACCGAACCUCCUCAUACAACGCUCAAGUCCAGCUUUGAAGAUUAUUUGUCCCGACACCCGAAUGUUCGUGGAAUAUUCGUCGGUACUCGACGGACAGAUCCGCAUGGAGCGAAGCUGACGCAUUUUGAUCGGACGGAUGGUGGGUGGCCUGACUUUAUGCGUAUACACCCGGUCAUUGAUUGGCAUUACGCUGAGAUCUGGGCAUUUAUUCGGCAUCUCGGAUUGAGGUAUUGUUCGCUGUAUGAUAUGGGAUAUACCAGUCUCGGUGGAACGUCGGAUACGCUGCCGAAUCCUAGAUUGAGGAGAGAGGACGACAAGGAGAGCAGUGAGAGUGAUGGGGGUUAUCUACCAGCUUAUAAGCUGAUGCAGGACUUGGAGGAAAGACUCGGGCGCAAUUGA